AUGGCGAGAAAAAACAGAGGUCGCCAGAAAAUUGAGAUGGUGAAAAUGAAAAAUGAAAAUAAUCUUCAAGUUACUUUUUCAAAAAGAAGAUCUGGUCUUUUCAAAAAAGCUAGUGAACUUUGCACACUAUGUGAUGCAGAAAUUGUUAUCAUUGUGUUUUCACCUGCUCGAAAAGUCUUUUCUUUCGGUCAUCCAAAUGUUAACGUUUUAAUUGAUCGUUUCUUAAACUUUAACCCACCCCAUCCUCACCAACACAACAAUAUUCAGCUUAAUGAAGCCCGUCGAAACGCUAUCGUUCAAGAUCUCAACAAUCAUCUCACUCAGGUGACCGAACAAUUGGAAGAAGAGAGAAAAAGAAACGAAGAUCUAAAGAAAAGGAGAAAAGAAAGUAAAAAAGCUGAGAAUUGGUGGGAAGAAGAACACAUAGGAACAUUCAGCUUAACUCAGCUCACUGAAUUCAAAUGUGGUUUGGAAAAUAUGAGAAAGGCAGUGAGAAAUGAAGCAUCCAAGUAUCUUCAAGCAACUGAUCCACGUCAUGAUUUCUAUGUCGGAAGCUCAAGUCAUGAUGCUGCUUUUGGGAUCUCUUGUGAUGAUGGUAAUAUCAAUACUGAAUUGGAUCUGUUUAAUCAUCCAAGAUCGGUGAGCAUGAACACUUCCAGUUACAAUCAUCACAACAUGAUUGAUCCUAAUCACCAUACGUCACAUUUUGGGAAUGAUAAUAUCAUCGAAGGGUUCGUUCCAGAUUACAACCAGAAUAGCCAGGGCCAAUGUUUUAAGCAAGAGGACACUUCUGAAUAUGAUCAUGAUCAUGAUCAUCCUCCUCACUUUUAG